AUGAAAAAAAUAGCGCUUUUCCCGAAAACCGCCAGCCCGUAUCGCGUUAAAUCCGCUUCCUCGAUGUUUUCGAGCGCCUUCAGGCUAAACGCUCUUUCUAAGGUAUCCUUUCGAAGAAAUCUCCAGCGCCCUUCCUUCCGCGGUGAAGGCAGCACGCGGUGGGGCUCCAGCUUCGCGUUUCCCGCCACACUGCGUUUAACAUCAGAUGAGGAGGCGUAUCUCGAGCGUUUAUUUCAUUCUUUAUCCAAUCGCAAUGAGAAUAUCCAUCAUAAUUUGGAUAAUCCUGAUCAUGACCCUCCUCAUUCGAAUAACGAUGAUAAAACUGAGGUGACGUCGGCCUCGCCGGCGGGGCUUUGGGCAGCGUGUGUGGCGGACGGCCCCGCCUGCCCGCUCGCUGUCCUCCACGCAGCCUAUCAACUCCGCCGGGAGUUUCAAACAAACCCCCCUCCCCCCAACCCUCCGCGAGGUCAAACAGAAAAAACGGAAGAAACUGAAGAGCCCUUCGAAAAAAACGAACAAAACGAAACGAUCAAAAGCGAAGCAACGAGCCGGAAAGAGGAGAUUUCCUACGAGCAGGCCUACGAGCUGCUGUUGCGAUCGCGUGAGGGGCCCCUCGCGGCGGAGUUUUUCUUCCGCGCGCUUUUAAUCGAUUCGGACAACCCCGCGGGGGUUCGCCACGCGCGUUUGCUGCUCGUCGGGCUACGCGAAUGGGGGGAGCUCCUCGCGCACGAUCCCAACGUAAAAGAAGGGGAAAACGAACAAAAGGAGCCGGUGAAAACGAAGAAACCCCCCGCAACGGCGUGGGGGAAGCCCAAUGGCGAGGAAUUUCCCAUUCUCGCGUGGUUGCGCUCAAAGGGUGUCGGGCACACGCGCGAUUCGGGGGGCAAAGCGGGGGAAAACCAAACAACAAAAUCCACAAAAAUAACGAAUCCAACCCCUUCAAACGGUCGUCUUCUCGCGCAGAGUUGCGCGGUGGAGCUGUUGUCGAUGCCGGGCGCGGCGGAGGGGUUGGUGUUGUUUUGGCGGGCGCUGCUCCCCUCUUCGCGCGGUGUUGCGUUCGCCUGCGCGGCGUCGAAACUUCUUCGACGGCUCGCACGCGAUCGUCAUCGCCGGGAAUGGAAACGGGAACGGGAAGUUUUUAGGAUCGAUCAAACCCCUUUAGUACCCCUCGCGGAAGAAAUCGCGCGGGAUGAAAAAGCGCGAUUCCACGCCCAAAUCCGCGAACUCCUCGCCGAGGACGAAGAAGAAGAAGCGGAAUGGAAAGGAAAUCUGUGGGGUUGGAAUCACCAGGGAAGGAAUACGUUGCGAGAGGUGGCAACGACCUACGCCGUCUGCGUGUGGCUUCGAGAGGCGGAUGGGGAUUUCCGCUUACGAAACCCCCGUGAGAACCUCGACGCCUUGGCGGAGGUGAUCGCCCUUCUCGACAAGCUUCCCCCGUCGAAAAAGAAGAAAAGAAAUCAACCCCAAACACCGUUGUUGCUCACGCCCUGCGCGAUUCGUCUCUACACCGGCGCGAAUCUCCACCGGCUGUGGUAUCGCCACGAAAUCCCAUUUGCGGUGUGGAUGGCCUUCGAUCUCACGCGAUCGCUGCGGGAGCUGCGGAGGACGGGAAAAGAAAACCGUUUAGCCCCCUCCGAGUGGUGGUUGCACUCCCUCGACGUGAUCGAAGGCCUUCAAAAAAUCCUUCUCGUCGUGGAUCGCACCCCGAGCGUGGAUACGCCGCCCGCCCUUCAAGCGCUGUGGUACGUCAUCCUUAAAGAGGCCUGUGAGGGGAGCUUCGCCAGCGAUAAUCGCUCGGAUCGUUUCUCCGCCACCCCCGCUCCAAACGAUUUGGUUGAAAUGAAGGAAACCACCUCAUUCGCGCGCGUGGAAAGCGAUCGGAGGAAUCGGGAAAAUUCCGAAACUUCACCCGUCCAAAACGGCCUCGGGCGUGGCGGCUGUGCGGUGUUAUUGCGCCUCGUUCUCCCGCAAUACCGCCCAUCGCUCUGGCGUCGCCCCACCGUCAACCUCUUCAUUCGUUUACUCCACCAAUGGGGUGAAAGCGAUGAGCUACGACGCGUUUUCACGAAAAUUAGUCAAUGCGAAUCGAAAUACAUGAAUGAGGCAUGGGAUUGUAUCCAUGGAGAGCGGGAGGGCGGCGGUGAAUCCAAUGGAGAAGGGAUGGAGUCGAUUCAAACGAAAGAAAAGCCAUCGAAGGUCUUUCCUUCCUCUUCUCCCGCGAAAUCGGGUCCUCGCUACGUUCCUGCGCUCACGCUACGCUCGUGUGAGAUCAUCCUCGCGCACUGCGUUGAUAACAGGGAAGGGAACUCCCCCACCAUCGCGCAAACUGCGCAUGAGGUGAUUCAGUACAUGCUACUCUCACUGAGGCUGAUGAAGUUUCAUCAGGAAACGUCCAAAAAGGAAGGGAAAACGAAAACGAUCGGCCAAGGACCUCAUGAAGAUGAAGAAGAAGAGGAAGGAGAAGGGAACCUAGAAGCCUUUGUGGAGGAAUGGGUUGAACGCAUACAACGGGAAUACAUCCCCAAGCUCCCGAAUCCGAUUUAG